AUGGCAGACGGAGAGAAGAAGUCCGGACCCCCCAAGUUCAAGCAGAGGGCGGCCCGCGUCUUCAAGAGCAAGGCCCCCAAGCCUGGACAGAAGGGGUUUGGCGAUGACAUUCCUGGCAUGGAGGGACUUGGAACUGACUUCACGGUGGUCUGCCCAUGGGAGGCCUUUGGAGACAUGGAGCUGAGCGACCUGGCUAAAUACGGAAUUGUGUAGUCUUCCUUGUCUUCCACACUCCCUCCCUUCUCCCCGUCCAUCCAUCUAUCCCUUUUUUCCAAAAUCUACCUCCUCUCUUCUGAGGCCUGUCGCCUCAGCACUUGCCAUUCAUGAUGUCACAAUAACUACUCAUCUGUAGCUGUCCAGUCACCACCUCCCGAGUAGAAGGCAAGCAAAACUCUGGAGGAAUGACGUCAUGUGCGAUUCCAGCGUGACUAGUGCAACAACAAGGUUCCAGCUUUCAGCCGUAAAAUGAAUUCAUCUUUGAGCUGAUAUCACUCAAACAUGUUCUGCAUUGAACACUGCAAGGGACAUUCCGGCAAACUUGCAUGCAAUCCUUUGUCUUCACCUGUAGUGAUCAUAAUGGUGUGUUGAGCAUCACCUUAUGGCGUGACACUGCACCUGCCACCUUGAUUAUUGAUCAAAUUGAUAAUUGAUGUGUGAAUAUAUGAAGAACACAAAGGACUACCCCGCCACAUCCCCCCUCCUCUCUCACCCGAACACCUUCCCAUCCAUCCAAAUCCCAACUCCCCUUUUGGCCUUGCUGUCAACCCUCGCCUUUUCUCCUUAAAGAAUAUUUAUAAUAUAUUGAUGUAUAUUCUUUAUAUAUGUGCAGUGCACAAAGGUAACUUGAUUUUUAUGAAUAAAUGAAUGUGUGUCUAGCAUGUGCUAUAUCCGCCAUACAGUAAAAUGCUGGGUGUCGAAGUAGACGGCUAGGCUACACAACAGUCAACAAGGGGUGUGAA